UUGAUCCAUGAACGCAUCGCACGCAGCUGAACGAGACACAAACAUGCGCUGAACAUUUUCCUGACCGCGCAACCUCAAAAUGUGGACUAAGGCGCUACACAGCAGCAACUUCAAUAACAGCAGCACGAACACAUCGAAGAUGGUUGACCCAGAUCUGACAUGGCAGACAUUGCAGGUUCUCCAGAAAAAUGGUUCGACUGCAGCAGCUGCUCGUCCAUCCAGCAGAGACGAUGCUUUGGACACGAGCAACGGGAUCAUUCCUGGUGAGCAAAGAAAACCUGCAAAAGACGGUGUGGCUUGUGUGGUAGAGCGGCCGUGCCAACAACUUGAGGGUUCCAAGUUCGAUCCCAGUUUUCUCCGUCCUAGUCACAUCCGUUGUGUCUUUGAGCAAGACACUUCACCCUUGCUCCUGAUGGGUUGUGGUUAGGGCCUUGAAUGGCAGCUCCCACCAUCAGUGUAUGAAUUAUCCAAUUAACUGCCAUGUAAUUGCUAUUAAUUCCAGUGUAAAAACGAUAACUUGUCGUUAAUGCUUUCACUAUGUUUUGUUGUGGAAUAACUGCUAUUACGUCUUUAUUAUAGUUUUUGAUGCAUCUGUAUAUACAGUCGAGGUCAAAAGUUUUCAUACACUUGUAAAUAACAUAAUAUCAUGGCUGUCUUGAGUUUCCAAUAAUUUCUACAACUCUUAUUUUUGUGUGAUAGAGUGAUUGGAGCACAUACUUGUUGAUCACAAAAAACAUUCAUGAAGUUUGGUUCUUUUAUGAAUUUAUUAUGUGACCACAUCUGCUGGGUCAAAAGUAUACAGCAAUGUUAAUAUUUGGUUACAUGUCCCUUGGAAAGUUUCUCUGCAAUAAGGCCCUUUUGGUAGCCAUCCACAAGCUUCUGGCAAGCUUCUGGUUGAGUUUUUGACCACUCUUCUUGACAAAAUUGGCGCAGUUCAGCUAAAUUUGUUGGUUUUCUGACACGUUUAAGUCAGAACUUUGGGAAGGCCAUUCUAAAACCUUCAUUCUAGCCUAAUUUAGCCAUUCCUUUACCACUUUUGACGUGUGUUUGGGGUCAUUGUCCUGUUGGAACACCCAACCGCAUCCAAGACCCAUGUCCUGAAGAAUUUGGAGGUAAUCCUCCUUUUUCAUUGUCCCAUUUACUCUCUGUAAAGCACUAGUUCCAUUGGCAGCAAUACAGGCCCAGAGCGUAAUACUACCACCACCAUGCCUGACGGUAGGUUUGCUGUUCCUGGGAUUAAAGGCCUUACCUUUUCUCCUCCAAACAUAUUGCUGGGUAUUGUGGCCAAACAGCUAAAUUUUUGUUUAAUCUAAUAAAUUCAUAAAAG